CAGUGAUGUUCCGAGUGAAUAUCAGAUUUAAUGAAAUGACAAGACACCAAACAGUGUUCUAGAAUCCAGAUGACAGUUGCAGGAAUUUAUUAAGUGGCUUCACCCAUGUUAUGUAAUUGGCUACUUAUAAAUUGUAUUAUAAUGAUUGGCUAAGCAUCACCUUCAGCAAGCUCCACCCACCUUCCCUGCUCUUUGAUCUCCCUACUUUUGGACGAGUUGGGCCAAAGGGCCUGAGUCCAUGUUGUAAUAGCUCUACGCAGUCUAUUAGAGUGUCGUGUUUGGAUGGGGACUCUCAGCAAGAUCCUGGUCACUUUUCACUGAGCUUGUUUACAACCAUCUCAACUGAGUAUUUGACUGGUGCGAAGGUACACUAUAUCAAUUGCACUGUCUGUUGUGGGCACUUUGUGAUGUCACUUCAGGCAAUGAUAUCAUGGGAGCUGUGCUUUGCUGAAGAUUAAUGGGAAAGGAUCCAGGUCACAGAGUUCUUACAGUUUAAGCUUUGUAACAAUGAUCCAAAUUCAUGGAGGAUAACAACAGCAGAGCACGAUACUACCACCUUGUCCCCAAGUACAGCAAUGGCUCGCUGUUUGACUCCAGCGUCUCCAGCGCUGGCAUCGAGCGGCAGGAUGGAGGCGCAGGGCAGACAGGCCUGGGCAACACGGGCAACACCUGCUACAUGAACUGCAUCCUGCAGUGCCUGUGCAACACCACGCCGCUGGUCGAGUACUUCAUCACCGGGGCCUACGCUGAUGAUAUAAGCAGAGGCCGUGGGGAGCUAUCUAAUGCCUUCUCGGCAUUAGUGAUGGACAUGUGGUUGGGGGAUUGUGUGUACAUCUUUCCGGAUGAAGUGAAGAGAGUUCUUGGAAAGAUGCACCCUUCCUUCUCCGAUGGGACCCAGCAAGAUGCCCAGGAGCUGCUUCUCUUCUUUCUCAACGUUCUCCAAAAUGAUCUGAAGAGAUCUUCAGGUGUGAGAAACAUAGAAACAUCAAUCGUUACAAAGUUGUUCCAAGGGCAACUGAGCUACUUAAAACUCUGCCUGAAUUGUUACCACAAGUCCAACCAAACCGAGAACUUCCUGAGCCUCUCACUCCCCAUGCCACCUGACAGCAGAUGUUCCAUUCAGGACUGUCUCAGGCUGUUCUUUAAAGAAGAGGUUCUGAGCUCGAGGGACCAGCCUUUCUGCUCCUUCUGCGGCCAGAAGCAGGACCAGGCAGAGAGUAUCCAGCUGCUGAAGGCUCCUGACAUCAUCAUCAUCCACCUGAAGCGCUUUGAAUCAGAUGAUCAUGGCCACAGGAAACUGACCAGCACGGUGACUUUUCCACUUGAAGAUCUCGAUCUGACACAGUACACAACCACUCCAUCAAGUCAGCAGCUGAAGUAUCAGCUCUAUGCUGUGGUGAACCACACCGGCACCUUGGACAGUGGCCAUUACACAGCCUUCUGCAAGAACCCAGUGACACAGAACUGGCAUGAGUUCAACGAUGCAAAAGUAACCAGCAUUUCUGAGCAGAAGGUCCAGUCGCCAGCAGCCUAUGUACUUUUCUAUAAUUGUGUGAAUUUUCAGUGGCCUCAAUAAUGGCAUCCUGGAUCAUCGUAAUAAACAGUUUCCCCAU